AGGCGCCUCGGGGCCUUCUCAGCCGGCGGGGUCCGCGCGUCGCCUGGGGACUGACGGAGGCGGCGACGGGGCGGAGGAGAACGAGGAGGAGGAGGCGGGGGUGGGCAGGGCUGUGAGGAGCUGACGGUGUGGCCCCGGUGUCCGUGCGGUGACGCCGCGUUGCCGAGCCCCCCCGCGGGCGCUGCGCAGUUGACAGAAUGACGGGAAUGGAGACUGAAACUGCAAGAGACAAAACCAUGGAAGAAGAAAGCACUGAACAGAAAAAGGAGAGAGAGAAAAAAAAGAGGUCAAGGGUUAAACAGGUGCUGGCUGAUAUAGCAAAACAAGUGGAUUUCUGGUUUGGUGAUGUUAAUCUCCACAAAGAUAGAUUUCUCCGAGAACAAAUAGAAAAGUCCAGAGAUGGGUACGUUGACAUAUCACUUCUUGUUUCUUUCAACAAAAUGAAAAAACUGACUACUGAUGGGAAAUUGAUAGCUCGAGCAGUUAAAGGUUCAUCUGUUGUGGAGUUGGAUUUAGAAGGAACAAGAAUCAGAAGACGCCAGCCUCUGGGUGAGCAGCCAACAGAUGUGGAUAGUCGUACAGUUUAUGUGGAGCUGCUUCCCAAGAAUGUCAGUCACAGCUGGAUUGAGCGGGUGUUUGGGAAGUGUGGUAAUGUAGUUUACAUCAGUAUACCCCGGUACAGAACUACUGGUGACCCAAAGGGAUUUGCUUUUGUUGAAUUUGAAACUAAAGAACAGGCAGAGAAAGCUAUUGAGUUUCUGAAUAAUCCACCAGAAGAAGCACCACGGAAACCUGGGAUUUUCCCCAAAACAGUGAAGAACAAGCCUGUUCCUACACUGAAUGAUAGUAACAGCAACGUUGUAGAAGAGAAGAAAAAGAAGAAAAAAAAGAAAUCCAAAAUCAAGAAAGAGAGCAAUGCACAGGCAACUGUAGAGGCAAAGGAGCCAAACACAAACACUACAACAGAGCAAGUAAGCAAAUCAAAAAGACACAGGACUUCAUCAGAGUGUUCAGAAAUGGAGGGAACUGAGAGUCACAGGCAGCCCUCAAGGAAAGAGAAAAGAAAAUGGGACAGAACAGAAAGCUCAGAGGUGCCUUUGGAAAGCAGGCCUGGAAAGAGAAAAAGGACCAGCUCUGGAGAUGGUGGGACAACUUCAAAAGUCAAGAAAACUGUUGAAAAGGAGGAAGUUGAUGGUGUAAAAGAAGAAACAGAAGCUCUGAAAGAUUCCAGUGUUAAUUUGAAACCUGGUGAUGAGUCAUUCCAAGAAGAUAAGAUGCAUGGAGAAUGGGAAAGAAAUUUCCAUGCUGAAGCAGACAUCUCUACAGAAGAUGACAAAGAUAAAAAAGACACAUCCCUUUCAAAAACUAAAAGGAAACACAAGAAGAAACACAAAGAGAGACACAAAAUGGGUGAAGAAGUUAUUCCUCUCAGAGUACUCUCCAAGACUGAAUGGUUGGGUUUGAAGCAAGAAUAUUUGGCCCUUCAAAAAGCCAGUAUGGCCUCCUUAAAGAAGGCAAUGUCUCGUCUCAAACCUGAGCCUGUGGGAGAGAUGGAAACAGAUUUCUCUGGAGAAAAAAGGCCUCUGUCUGAAAAUGGCAAAUCCACCAGUGAAGAUUUUGCCCCUCCUGGCAAGGCCAACACAAUGGGGCCCCGGUUUGUGAGUGGAGUAAUUGUGAAGAUCAUUAGCACUGAGCCCCUGCCGAGCAGGAAGCAGAUCAAGGAUACUUUGGCAGUGCUGGCUGACGUGUCCUAUGUUGACAUGCUGCAGGGAGACACAGAAUGCCAUGUCCGUUUUACAACUCCUGAGGAUGCACAGAUUGUCAUGAAAGCAUACAAAGAAAAACAGAUCAAAAACAACUGGAAAUGUGAAAUUCUCACUGGUGAUCACGAGCAACGCUACUGGCAGAAGAUUUUAGUGGACAGACAAGCUAAACUUAACCAGCCUCGAGAAAAGAAGAGAGGUACUGAGAAGUUGAUUGCUAAAGCUGAAAGAAUGAGACUUGAAAAGACUCGACAAACAAGUAAACACAUUCGCUUCACUGAAGAUGAUUAGCCCAGACUGAUUGUGAUCUUGAGAGUGAACCUAAGUAUUUAAAAAGAAACAACCCCACAGACACCGCUGCUUACAGCAACUAAACCUUUUUUAAAAAGCCAUCAGAACCUUUUCCAUUUGAUUGAUAAUUCUGCAGACUGCAAGUAUGAAGAUUGUUCUCAAUCCCAGUGUUGAAUAGGCUGAAUGUUUAACUGCUUCUGAGCCUUUAGGUAAAGCUUACUGGAGAAAAAUGUAUUGAGAUUUUGCUUUUGUUCACUUCUGGGUUUUGGGUUUUUGUUUCGUUUGGGUUUGGGUUUGUUUUGUUUUGGUUUGGUUUUGUAUGUUGAAGUUUUAUACACUAGGUUAUGAAAUAAAAUACUGAGAACUUUUCA